CAAUGGCGUUCACGUCAAACAAGGUCGCCUCCCUCGAAAACCGAUAAGCCUCGUCAUUCCAAGUCUUUUUUCUGGCUAUCACUAAUUUUUUGAAUAUAUAUCAAAUUUCAGCAUGAUUGGCAGAACCGUUCUCACGUCGGCCUGCCUGACAGGGCUCGCAGUCGCGCUUCCUAACCCCCAGGUCCCAGGAUACAGUGACGGGGACUCGCCAUUUGUGCAGACUCCUUACCCUGUGAGCAGUUUGGCAACCUCUUUUGGUCCUGAUUCUCAGGUUCCGGCCACAGUGACAUCGGAUUCAUCGCCUCCUCCUCUCGUGAGCAGUAUCUUCACAGGAGCCACAAGUCAUGGCCCGUAUAGCGGAACGCCAACUAUCACUGGAGCUGCAAAUGCUCCCACUACACUUGCUUCCGAGAUUGCUCCCAUGCCACUGAACCCAACGGCAACAUACUACAACACCAAUGGGCUACCACAGAACCCAGAACCAGCGCCAUACACCCCAAAUGGUGGCUUGGGCACAAACGGUUCUCUGCCCCGCUACAUGGUGAACAGCGACUUCGACUACGAAUCUAUCGCACUUGGUCUUUACCAGGAAUGGAUCGAGCUCGACCUCUUCAACAAUGGCCUCGCCGUUUUCUCCGAAGCGGACUUCCUCUCGGCUGGCCUGACCGCUGAAGACCGCUCCUACAUCGCAUUCAUGGCCCAGCAAGAAGAAGGUCAUGCCACUCUCCUUACCAACAUGCUUGGCGAGACCGCUCCGGUCCAAUGUACCUACAACUACCCCUUCGAGACCGUUCGCGAGUUCAUCGAUUUCAACCAGAAGCUAACUCGUUGGGGCGAAUCCGGUGUUUGGGGCUUCAUCAAUCACCUUGACUCCCGAGAAGUGGGGCAAUUGCUUGCGCAGUCCAUUGCUACUGAAGCCCGCCAGCAGAUUUCUUUCCGCCAAAUGCUCGGCCUACAUCCAAUGCCUGUUUGGUUUGAGACUGGCAUACCGCAGUCGUGGUCUUGGACUUACCUCGCGCCGUACAUCAGCUCUUGCCCUGCGAACCAGACGAGGCUUGCGUGGCAGAAUUUCCCAGCGCUGCACAUCAUCAACCAGCCCAACCCGAACCGCUUCUCGCCCAACGAUACUAAGGCUAAUGAGGUCGUGGGUAACCGUACUGGCGACCCCUCCGACUCACUGAUUCCAUCCGAGGAGAGCUGUGUCAACCUCAACAUCACCGGUGUUGGCUGCGGUCCUGCCAUCGCCCGCAACCGCUCGGAGCCUCUGUCAUUCCCUGGAAAGAUGGUCAAUUUUACCUGGGAUGAGCCUGGAAGCGCUGUUGGCCCCAACAACAGCUAUGUCACCUCCACCGCUGCUGGUAGCCCUACCUUCGUUGCUUGGGUUGCUCAGUUGAACCUGACGUACACGCCUCUCACCAUCACGGGCAACAACACUGGUUACACUUACCAGCCUGCUGGCCACGUUUAUGGACAUGAUGGAGUUGUCAACGGGACGAUGUUCGUUGCACUUACGGACUCAGAUUUGUUCCUUACGCCCUUCAACCUGUCGAUGAUCAAUCCGCAUGUCAGGGCUUUGGGACUUUACCAGGCUGGUUGAGCGGGUGUGUCAUGGAAGGCUUUUCCGAGUGGAGAACGGUAUAGGAAGGAGAAAAUCAGAUGCUGAGAGAUUGUAAUAUAUUAAUGACAG